AAUUCAGUCUUUGCACAAGUAUUUUUUCUAGAGUUGUUUUUCAUUCUCUUGAAACAGGAGUAGCCAUGCUAGAGGAAUAGAACUAUCAAGUCUAAUGGGCCUAUAUUUAGGCUGUCUAAAAUAGAGAGUGACAACAAACAUAAUACUUGUGGGUUGCCCUGAAGGGCUGCAAUGUCUUGGCAUCACAUUAAGUUGCAUUUGACUCUCCAGACAYUGGAAAUGAGGAAAGACCGGUUGGAUCAUCAAAAGAAUUUUCAGCUAGGCACUUGAAAAUAAAGUGCAAAGGAGGUGUUUCCUUCUAUUAGCUCAUCGGCACUGUGCCUCUCCCAUUCUGCUUUCUCCUCCUUAUAAUYGCCAAGUGAAGAUGAGUGGCCUGCUGCGAAUAUGACAUCUCUGACAAGUGUCAUUGCCUCCCACCAGUCUGAGUGGGUGUCCUUCACUGAUGAGCUGCUCCUSCCUGUUAACCCACGAGGUAGUGCUGAGGAUCCUCCAGUGAAAUGUCUUAACUCCUCAGACACCUCCUCAGAAGAGAACCACAAUGCAGAUGGAGACUUUCAGGACCUUUUCUUCACAGAGCUGCAAGAGGCAGCUGUCCAACCYAAGGUGGAUUCUGCUGUGCUUGGUAACCAUGUGUGUCCCAGCACUGAUCUGUCAUCAUCCAUCAGUGCUUGGGUUCAAUUUGAAGAUGCACCAUGGACCAGUACUUCAUCAGCACACUCACAAACAGUGUCUGCAUCAAAAGCACCCAGCUGGACUUCCCCCUCUUCCAACUCUUCUGAGAGGCAAGCCCGUGCCUCAGAGAGCAGCUGGACAACCAACUCAGAGGACACCAGCAGCCCAAGCAUUGCUCCUUCCUACACAGAUCUGCAGUCACUUAAUACUGAGGACCUGACCAGUGGYAGAACAUCUGCAGCAGAUUCAGCUGACAAUUCCUCGUCUCUCCAGGAAGAUGAAGAGAUAGAUAUGGAGGCUGUCAACUGGCAGCUGAACAACACCUCCAUGAACGGCCAUUCAUCUACCCCAACUACAGUUCGCUUUCCCAGCUGGGUGACUUUUGAUGACAAUGAAGUCAGUUUUUCACCACAGAGCCUUUCUCCCUUGAAAACAGAUACCCCACCUCCAGAAACACAGGCUCCAGAUGUUAACUUCAAUCUCACUACAUCCUUGAAGAAAAGAGAACGUCCUAAAAGCACAUUGGGAGACCUCUCCAAAAUUCAAAAACUAGAUCUCUCCUCCUUAACCAAGUUGCCUUCUGUUGAAACACCACCAUGGAGUGCUACUAAUCCCUUUCUGGAUGAAUCUCUUCGAGAUGUCCAGCCCUCGCCCAUCAAUCCAUUCAGCUCAUUCUUUGAGGAGCGAGAGAGGCGUUCCAAAAGCUCUUCUGUCUCCAGUGCUCCAGGCAAAAGCCAAAGAGACUCUCUCAUUGUUCUCCAUCAAGAGCCUGAUACCAUCAGUUUYCAUGAGGCAAACAAAACUGUAACCCACACAGAUGCUGUAGAGCAGCUCAAACAGCUCCAGAUUGGAGACCCAGAUCGUGUGAGCAGUCCUACCUUACCUGAUGAUGACCCCAUGAUGCCAUAUGAUCUGGAUGCAGCUUUAUUUAAUCUGACACCAGCUCAGCCAAAGGAUGGGUGGCCAAUGAUGCUCAGGAUCCCAGAGAAGAAGAACAUUAUGUCAUCCAGGCACUGGGGACCAAUAUAUGUCAAGCUGACCAACAGUGGAUGUAUACAGCUUUUUUAUGAGAAAGGACUAGAGAAGCCUUUCCGGGAGCUCAAACUUGAAAUCAAUCAUGAGAUUUCAGAGCGCAAACUCCAGAACUACGAUGAGAACGGAAGGAUACACAGUGUGCGGUUGGAUCGCACGACAUACAAGGAAAAAAAGAAGUAUCAGCCUAAGCCAGCCAUUGCACACACAGCAGAGAGAGAGCAAAUUAUCAAGCUYGGGACUACAGAUUAUGAAGACUUCCUUAGCUUCAUCACUGCUGUGCAAGACACACUGAUGAACUUGCCAGCUUCAUCAACAGAUCUGAGCACAGUGGGACUGAAUUAUCAAGAAGAAGAAAUCACUGUGGAUGUCAGGGAUGAGUUUCAUGGCAUCUUGGCCAAGGGAGAUAGUGUGAUUCUCCAGCACAGUGUGCUGACCCAUAUCUAUGUUCUUAGCUUCCUUUCUGGCCUGGCAGAAUGUAGGCUGGGCCUUAAUGAUAUCCUGAUCAAAGGGAAUGAAAUAGUUGCAAGGCAGGAUAUUAUGCCCACUACGACCACUAAGUGGAUUAAAUUAUACAGCUGCCGGUUCCAUUCAUGUGUGGAUGAGGAUGUGUUUAAUAAUUCCCGUAUUAUCCUGUUCAAUCCCUUGGAUGCCUGCCGGUUUGAACUGAUGAGAUUCAGGACUGUCUUUGCUGAGAAAACUUUGCCUUUUACUCUGAGGACAGCUGCCAGCAUCAAUGGUGCUGAGGUGGAGGUGCAGAGCUGGCUGAUGAUGUCCACAGGGUUCUCUUCCAAUCAUGACCCUUUAACUCAGGUCCCUUGUGAAAACGUGAUGAUCCGCUACCCCGUGCCAAAUGAGUGGGUGAAGAACUUCCGCAGGGAAAGCGUCCUGGGGGAGAAAUCCUUGAAAGCCAAGGUGAACAAGGGAGCCACUUUUGGAUCAACCAGUCUGUCUGGUUCUGAGCCAGUAAUGAGAGUAACUCUGGGAACUGCCAAAUAUGAACAUGCCUUUAAUUCCAUUGUAUGGAGGAUAAACCGACUGCCUGACAAAAACUCAGCUUCUGGCCAUCCUCACUGCUUCUUCUGUCACCUAGAGCUUGGCUCUGACCGGGAAGUGCCUUCCAGCUUUGUCCGCUAUGUCGAUGUGGAAUUUGACAUGCCYACCACUUCUGCCUCCAAAGCCACUGUUCGGUCCAUCUCUGUGGAGGACAAGACCGAUGUGAGAAAGUGGGUCAACUACUCAGCACACUACAGUUACAAGGUCGAAAUAGAACAGAAAAAAAGCUUGAAUGAGGAUCUGAAGGGAGAAAGUACGGCAAAUGUCAAUGAAUGUGCUACACAGUAAAGGAAGAUUAGUCUGCAAGUCCCAAGAGGGGAGGUCAAAUUAACAGACGUGGAAGAAAGGACUUGCAGGGAAUGGGUUUUCUUUUGUUUUGUUGGUUUGUUUUUUUUUUAAUUAUGGACUACUACUUCUAAAAUAAUGCUCUGAAGAGUGUUAUUUUUUUCCUUGUAAUGAUCCGUACUUUGAGAACUAGAUCAGUGGUUUGUUAGGAGCAGAUCUGUGGGCUUUUACUGGAACAAAAUAAGUACAGUUGUACAGUGAAACCUGCCUUUCUGCCUACCGUCUAGGUUCUGCACUCAAGUGUGGUCUGGCAACCAUCACAACUACACCAGAAAACAGCCUUUAUCUCACAAUMUUGCCCUCCUACAUUAAGCCUUUUGUUUCAAUGCCUUUUGGUUUGGUCACUGAUUGAAUCUCUUCCUUCUGGACUGCCAGAUAAAAUUCAGGGAGGAUCAAGUGAAAAAUUAUAUAAAAUCUCCUUUCUGAAAUGCUCAACAGAGUGAAAACCCUGAGCAUCAUUGUGGAGAAUCAACACAGUCUGCAUCUUCACCAUGGAGAACGGUCUCUAUGUUUAAGCAGAUGAACUACAGACAGGACAGCUGAUGACAGAGCUGUUCUGUUCACCCCUUCCUGUCUCAUCCCCCAAAUGACAGAAUGUCACUGUGCACAUUUUCAUGGGGUCUGCACAAGUUACAAGAAAGCCUCUGCAAUUUCUUAAAAGUUUUUACUUUUUAGUCGGAGCCGUUCUGGUAUCUUGACUGAACAUGGUUAUGGCUGCUAGCAAUAGGGAAUGUAUGUUACAAUAGUGGAGUUACCUGAGGGACACUGCAAAGAUUAGAUCAUUCCUGCCUAGAAAGAUAUUUAAGGGAAAAACAUGGGGGUUUAGUUUUGGGUCUGGGGUUUUUUWAUAUGUUUUCUUGGAUGGGUAAAAUGGGUGGUUACUGAAAAUGUCAGAACACAAUUGYUUUAACAGACAAUGUUGUUUGUUUUCCUGAAAAUCCUUGGAAGUCUGUCCAGCACAAUAUUGUUUUCAUGUUCUAUCUUGAACCUACAAUAUAAGUAACUUGUAUCUUUAUAAUAUUCUCAUUAACUGGGCCCCAAAAUCUGUUUGCAAAAAUUAACAAGUUUCUAUCAUUGAGAUUUUUUUAUCCCUACUUAGCUGGAAGUAACAGCAAGUCUGAAAACCUUUUUCUAAAUAAAAAUGCAGAAGACAUAAAUCACUCAUUUACACAUAUUUUCAGAGAAAACAGUAUUAAAAGUACCCAUUUUUAGUUGUUUCUAUGGCUUGUAUAAUAUUUUGUCUUGUAAUGUUAAAUGUAAAGUACGUAAUUUAUUAAAUCAUUUAUCUUUUGAAAGGUUACUACUGACUUUAAAAUACACAUUUGGAAAACUUCGGCAGUGUAAUUUAAAAUCAUGAAUUUAAAUGGAAGCUUUUUUAUAAAUUAAUUUCAUUUUACAUUUCGUAUAAAAAAAUUAAUACACUCUUGAUUUACUACUUUCACUGUGACUCCUAUAAAAAUUACUACAAUGUUAAAAUCCCAAAUAAAACAUGAAAUUAAUGUCACUGAGUCUGAAACUGGUAGUGGUAGAACUUAAACAAAUUGUAGUGAACUUAUAAAUGCGUUUUUUAUAUGCACCUGAAUUUCAAGCCUGCAUCACCCUAGUGACACAUACUUGCACAGGUACACCACUGUAAAUGUGUAAAGUCUCAGUCCUUCUAGGACUCCUUAMGCCUGUAAUAUUCCAUUGCAGACAGCCCUUCUGGGCCCAGGAUGCUCCUUGGAGCACACCAGUUAGUACUGAGCAUUUGCAACAUCUCUCAGUAAAUGGAAGAAUGCUGUUAACUUUUAUGAAGAAUUUUGAGAUCAGUUGGUUAAAAUUACUGAUAUUGAUGAUAACUUGUAUAGGUUGUGCACGGRGCUAAAUUUGUGACUGAUUCUCAGYGCUGUCACAGGCUGGCUGUGAUGAGUUGCAYGGCAACUCCUCUCUGCAAGUGUCACUCUUCUGUUUAAAGGCAGUCAAAGAAUUUAUGGGUGUUUUUUCUGCUUUUCACUGCAGCUCCUAAUGUACUGAAAUUUCUGAAAGUUUCUGAAAUUUCACCAUUUCGAAAUUAAGAAAAACCAAUCUGAAGCAGUGCUGAGAUGUUGCUGAGGAAAUGUGAGAGUGUGUUGUUAAAGAGGGAGAUUUUCUACUCUGAUCUGCAGGCUUAGUGUCUCAAUUUUUGUCUAUUGCCCCUCAGCUCAUGGRAAUAAGUAAUACAAAUUAGUGAACUAAGAGGGGAGAAAAUAAAAGUAAUAUGAUUUUCCAUCUCUGUUGAAUUGUUAAACUGUUCAGCCUCUAUCAUACUUGCGCCACAGAAUAUUCUGUGUUCCUGAAACUGAAAGAUAAACAUUUUGGAGGUUUGUGGAUUUACUUAAUUUCUUUAGCACUUCAUCACAGAUUUUUUUUUUUUUUAAUUCAGUCAAUGAAUGAAAGAGUAUGGACCUGACCCUAAUCUUCCUUAUGUAGUCAGUUGUACACAGAAGUUUCUCUUCCAGCUGUCAUAACU